CUUGAUUAUUAAAAUGUUGGUCGUUAUAAAUAAGUUGUGGAUUAUUUCUCUAUUGAUCAGCCUGUUAGACGCCAGAAAUAGACAACUAGACAUAAUCCUGGGCCUUGAUGCGUCUAAAAACACCAAGAAUGAAGAGGAUUUUAAUUUUCAACGCGAGUUUUUCAAAGCAGUGACAGAGACCAUUUAUGACCAAAAGGAUGUUAGUAUACGUGUAGGAGUGUUUGCUUACGAUGACACUAUAAGGCUUUAUCCAAAGACCAGGAUUUGGUCGGAUCAAAAUAGUACCAAAACAGAGGUGAUAGAGAACAUAGAAAGUCUAAACUACACAAAUGGAAAUGACAAUCCGUACUUAGAUCAUGCUCUUCGUUUUGUUUUGGCCAUUUUUGAUGAUGACAGGGCUGAAAAUAGAGAAAGAGAAUGUAGCGAAAAAGUAUUGGUAAUGGUGGUCACAGAUCAAAUAAAAAAAUGGAGCGAUGGAUCAAAAGAAUUGGUCAGACUGAAGGAAAUGGGGGUUAAGCCAUUCUUUAUUGCAGUCGGAAACAAAGGCAGGGAAAUUAACCUAAUUAAAACAGAGAAAUACUCAUUUUUUACCUCCUUCAAAGAAUUGAAUUCGCCCAACAACUCUAAGAACUCUUCGGAUUUCAUAGAAAGAACACUCACUGAAAGGAUAGGAUCCUGCUGUUCAUCAACAAUCCCGGGAGGUCAGCUAACAGAUCCCAAGUGUUCUAAACACAUGGGAAAUAAAUGUAACGUUUCCUGCGAUCGCUUUCUAGAUACCCAGUUAGUAGUUCAAGGAACUUGCGAGACCAACGGUGUUUGGAGGCAUGGUGGACGGGUAAUUUGUAAAGAAUUUGAAGUCCAUCCAGUGUCCGUUUUGAUUGGUGCUUUUUCGGCGUUGGUGGCCUUCGUACUACUGACACUGUUAGUAGUAUAUCUCUGCAAACGGAAAUGGGAAAACAAAAAGAAGGCUGACAUACCUUCGGCGGUGCAGUCACCAACUCAGCGUUCUGUACGGAACCAGUAUUCCGCCUCUACAGCAAAAUCUUCAUCAAAAGACAGGGAAUCAGCGUCAUCUGAUGAUUUGGAAAUUGAUGACGACGACGAGGAAGAAGCACAGGUGUACGAUUACGCUCAAGAGGAGAGCUUAAUGUCUCUAUCUAAACGCCCCAAAACAAAAAAGAAGAAACCCCAAGUCAAUCAUGAUAUACAAUUCCUCAAAAUAAAUGAAAUUCCAGAGCAAAAUCACAAUAUAUCGUAUCCAGGAGAGGUCUAUCAAAAUACAGAAUUUGGUGGUUGUCGUCUGCUGAACAUGUCCACAAAAUCAAAUGCCCCGCCACCAUGCUGUGGACCGAGUGGAUACGUGGAGUAUGAGGGUGAGGAAAUUUAUCAGAAUAAUGAGAAUGGACACGAGGAGGAACAGGAGGUGUAUGUUAACACUACUUUCUGAUCUCAGUCAAGCUAAACCUGCCUCAUUUAGUUGUAUGUGUAUCCUUUGGAGAAAAAAAAGAAUUUUUAUUAAUGAAAUAUGUUAUUUUAUUUCAGUCAAGCUAAACAAAUGCUAAUUUAAUUGCACGAGUACUUUUAUUUCUGUUUAGGAUUAAAAAAAAUAAUAAUAAAACAUGUGCUUUAAUUUGAAUCAAGAUAAAAAUGGCUCAUUUAGUUGUAUGGAUACUUCAAUUCCCUGUGUACGAAAAAAGGAGAAUAUUUUUUUUUUGUAUGAAACGAGUACACAUCACCAAUUGGGGUUCUCUUCUGGUGAUUUUAUGUAUAUCUAUUGUGAAGUCCAUAACACACUGUCCAUAUAAUAUAUUCGCCUACAAGAUAAACUUAAAUUAAGAAUUCAGUAUUUGUAGGACCUAAUUUGUGCAAGAUUAUUAAAUGUGUAUCAUAUAUAAAUAUAUUUUUUAAAACAUG